AUGGGCUGGAGACGCAGGUAUUGUCCUAGCCCUCUACUUAUAGCUCUCUUCGUGGCAUUAUGUGUUUUCUAUCAGUGCCUGUCUCUGUUUUGGAAAAGCACACGGUGGACUAAGGAGUGUGGCAUUGAGAGAAGUUUGGGUCUCCUGGAGGUGGCCAUACAGAAGAAGGAAUGCCUCUAUACGUGGAAUGGCAUAGUCACAAAGAUAAAAGAUUACGAAGACAGAUUUAAGAAGAAACCAAUUUCUGAUUUCAAGGAAAGGGUUCUAUUACUUUUUUAUCAUUCAACUGGGAUUGAAGAAUCUAUCCUUUACAAGAUUGUCCUAACAAAACUGGGGUACAAAAUCCAUCAGUUUACAGAUAUUGACAGCAUCAAAGUAUUUAUGAUUGAUAACCAAAAGUCUAUAGGGAGAGAUGCCUUUAUGUAUAUCCAUUCAAAUGAAAGCAUAGAGACAAGCUGCAAGGAAAAGCACAAACUUGCUGAAUUUGUACAACUAACACAGGUGAAUGUACUGCCACAAAUGCAGCAGAUAUUAUGCAUAAAAGAUGAGAUUUGUCAGCUGGCUGCACACUUCCCAGAACUGCAGAACCUCUCAGUGUGUACACAUCAGCCUAAAGGAUCACAGGACAGAACGAUAACCUCUGAUGCUUUUCUGUCAGACAAAGACAUAAAGAAGCGGCAGUACCUAACCACUUGGGGCAUAAACCAGUUACUUGAGAACCAGUAUCGAAAUGUGAGAGUCUACCAUCAUCACCAUCAUCAUCAUCCAUUUCAAGACUUUGUAGUGAUUAGGACAUUUGUCGUCAUCACAUCCUUGUCACCACUACGUGCAUUUAUUCAUUCCAUGGCAAUGGUUCAGACUGAGCCAAAGAAACUAUAUGCUCCAAUGCAGCUUCAGAAGUUUUAUCAACAUUUCUCCAAGUCCAAGUCUCCAUUACAAGCAUUUAACACCCUAAAGGAGAUGAUAGGCAAAUUGUUACUCACCUUGGAGGUGAUAAGUGAAGCCGUUACUACGAGACACAGUACACCGAACAGGUGCAGUAACUGCUUUCAGCUCUUAACUUUUCACAUUGGAUACAGCAGUGCUUCUCAUCCUUCAUUGCUUGAGGUAAAAGAAGAACUUAUGCUGAAUGAUCUAAAUGUGGAUGGCUACUCUACUAUGGAAACCAUAUUAGAAGAUGUAUUUCAUUUUGUAUUACAAAACCACUCAUCUAGUGUUUUAGAAGCAAUAGAAAAAGUACAACCGUGUCUUUCUCUAAAGAACACUUGCUGGAUGGACUCCAUUCUUGCGUUUACAUGGGAACAAAUGGAUAACUUAUGUUCUUUACUUCAGGAGCAAACAAAACUGGGAAAGCUUGAGAUGCUUUACCCUUCCAAUUCUGUUCUCCUAAAAGUGCUGAGACAUGACCUUUACCACAGAUGUAACCUUAGGGAAGAUCUUGGAUCAAUCCUGGCAGCACAUGACCUUCUCUCUGACUUGUGUGAAUGUUUACAGUCCUUACAAGAAAUCAAUCUGACAAACAGACAAAAAUUUCAAGUUGAAGAAAAGAAUUCACUGUCUGGUGUUUCAAGAGAAAAUGAAAGGGUAUCAGUGCCUAGAAAGUGGAUGAACUGCAGCGAUGAUAAUGAUACUCUAUCUUACAUCAGUCAUAUCUUCAGCAAUCCUCCUCUGGAUCUGACUCCUGCAUUCAGCCCAAAGAUCAAAGAAUACUAUGCAGAGCUGCCAUUUGAUGUAGUGACAGUGGAAAUUGGAGCAGAGCCUGCAAACUGCAAAAGUCAAGUGCACCUGGAUGACACGAAUGGACCACAAGUUGAGAAAUACCCACUUGGACUUGGUACAAAUCUUAUCUUUUUACACGUUACUGAUGAAUCCUCAAAUACACCUGUAUUAUUAAGAAGCUAUAGGAUAACUGUUUAUCGGGAAGAUCGGCCAAGUUUGCCCUUAUUUGACCACUACAAAAUGUGUGGCUUUGUACAGGAUUGCGGUCUGAUUAUUUAUACCGAUGAGCCAUGUGGGUUACAGGACAUUCCAAAUGAAACCAUUCCUGGGCUUUCAGAUUAUGGUCAAAGAAAGUGUGAGACUGGAGAUGCCAAAGGUCAUUGGUUGGUUCCUUGUUUAAGCUGCUCGGACAACCGGACAUGUGACUGGAGGGCAAUAUCAUGGCAGCCAUUUCAAUGCCAUCAUCCAGUGUUACAGAAUCAUCAACUACAACAGUGUCUGACAGAUAGAAAGAUAAUUUUCAUUGGAGAUUCCACAAAUAGAGGAAUGAUGUAUUAUCUGAUGGAGAGAGCAAAUGGAAGCCUACAAGAAUGGCAGAAGUCUCAUGACAUGAAACUCUAUAAUAACAUAAAUAGCGGAAGGACAAGAAUUAGUUACUCUUAUUAUCCACAGUUUUGGAUGGACACCAGAAAACGGCCUACUUUUGAAGAAGCCCUGGUAAAGCUCAUUGUAAGAACACGUCCUCUCAAGAACACAAAGCAGACCAUACUUGUUGUAGGUGGAGUACAAUGGCUCAGUUCAGAUCAUCUGCAGAUUAUUCAGAGAGUGUUGAAGAGGGAAAACCUGAUGAAUAUACUGGUAAUUAUAAAGUCCAUAGGGAUGGGAUUUCAUCUUCCAGUACAUGGUAUCCGUUCACUGUCACCUGUCCAAGUAAGACAGUUAUCUGAUGAAAAUAGCCUUCUCUUGAAGACAGCAAAACAAUAUGGUUACGAAGUAGUCGAUACCUUUAGUAUUACUAUGGGACGUUACAAAGAAUUCCUGCAAGGAAAAUGUGGAUGUCAUUUUCAUGAGGUUGUGAAAUCCAAACAAGUAAAAGAAAAGAAAAUGAAUCUUUUAAAGAACUAUACAUUUGGAGGCAAAAUAUUUCCCCUAAUUUAUGACAAUCUGCCAUACUUCCAGUCAAUGUAUCAUGUACAGGGUCCAGUGAAUCAAGUUUAUUCUGAAAUCCUUCUAAGCAGGAUAUGUACAUGACAAAGUAACAGUACAAACAUGGACCUUCCUCUACUGGACACUUACAUUACAGUGCGAUACCUUUAGUGCCGGAAGCAGACAUGGAUAAGCUAUAAACGUCACCACAUUAUGAAGGUUUCUUCCAAGUGACACUGUACCUUUACAGAUCUUAUAUUGGGUGUAGAGAGAUGUAAGUAUCCUGAGCAGUGCAGAAUAGGUAUCGUCAGACUUUCGAGAGAACCUCUCAUAACAUUAAUGCUGCCAGGACCAUGAGUUAUCUGGGCAUUCCCCAAUGGCUUCUGCCGGCCCCACUGGUAGAUCUCUCCUCAUACUCAAACAGGGAAAGGCUAGCUGGACGGAGAAGCAGACUACCCAAGUGACUCAUUGUCAGGCAGCUUGAAAGUAAUUACAGGUUUCCAUUAAACAUUAUUAAUUCCAGAUCUACCCAAAUAAAUAUAGGGAUUUAAAACUGACAGAUAGAAACAAGAGACAUGAGAUGUCACAUUUAGAAAAUGUGGUCAUUAACAGGUACAAUAGUGACUGAUUUUAGGAGUUUCCAUACAUGCCAGAUGCUCCAAGUCUAAUUUAUUAUUUGUGGUGUCCUGGUACAGGACUUGGUCCUGUCCCUCUGUCUAAGGUUCCUUCAGCCAGAGUCCCUCCUUGCUAGUAGGCUUUCCUGGAGGGCUACCCCUAGUCGCCUCUUAAUGCUGUGCAUUAAAUGUACAUAUUUAUGUAUUUAAUAGUAGUAUACCUUUGUAUAGGACCUUAGAGGUCAUGUGCCUUUAACCCCUUAAAGGGGUACU